GGACUCGGGGGCCAAACCAGCAGCGCUGACACAGUCGCAGCUCCCAAGCUAACCCCGUGUGCCGCCCCAGGGGGGUUAGGGGGCGCGGAACCAGCCCCUGGGGCAGUCGCAGCGACUCAGGAAGACUUACAAAACUCCCUAGGUCACGAAGAGAAGAGAAGAAAAAAAGGACACUUCGGAACAGGAUGGGUCGAACCACCUACAUUGUAGGGGCUUUGCUUCUGCUCUUGGGAACCUUGCUGUCUGCCACCGAAGGCAAAAAGAAAGGAUCUCAAGGUGCCAUCCCACCUCCUGAUAAGGACCAGUACAAUGACUCAGAGCAGACUCAGUCUCCCCAACAGUCUGGAUCCAGGAAUCGGGGCCGGGGCCAGGGCCGGGGCACUGCCAUGCCUGGGGAGGAGGUGCUGGAGUCCAGCCAGGAGGCCCUGCAUGUGACUGAACGCAAAUACCUGAAGCGGGACUGGUGUAAGACACAACCUCUCAAGCAGACCAUACAUGAGGAGGGUUGCAACAGCCGCACCAUCAUAAACCGCUUUUGCUAUGGCCAAUGUAAUUCCUUUUACAUUCCCAGGCACAUCCGGAAGGAGGAAGGUUCCUUUCAGUCAUGUUCCUUCUGCAAGCCCAAGAAAUUCACCACCAUGAUGGUUACACUCAAUUGUCCUGAAUUGCAGCCACCGACCAAGAAGAAAAGGGUUACCCGGGUGAAGCAGUGUCGCUGCAUAUCUAUUGAUUUGGAUUAGGUCACAGACGCCCAGCCUACCCUAAUGACUCAGCCCCAGAUGCAGACGGUGCCAAAUCAAAGGCAGCUUGGCACUUUCUAUGCUCAAAUCCCAGAUGCGGGAAGAACCACUCACUGCCUCUUGGCAUGAGCAUGCACGUGUGCAUUUGUCUGUGUGUUGGAGCAUUGCAUGCAUGUUCAGAGGCACCAUGGGGGAAAAAACAAUCUCUUCUAGAGGGCACUUCCUAUUAUAUAAAGAGUAUUUGUUGCAUUUGGGGAUGAUGCAGAUGACCCAAAUCCCUGGCAACUUCCCUGAGGCAAAUCACCAGUCAGGCAGGGAUGUUGUCUUGCUUUGCCUCUGCCUUCAAUGCGCCUUCUUAGGCAUCUAAGAUUCUCUUCAGAAUGAGUGUUGCAUGGACAGUGGUUACCCUGGGUUUUGUUAAGGGAGCAUGGAAAGGGACUUGCUUUCAGAUCUGUACCUGACAUAGAAAAAUGAUUUCAGAAGCUCCUUCCCCUAACCAGUAGUUCCUUUCAACCACUUUUGGUCCAUGCUCCCAAACACAAAAUCAGUAGCUGUCUACAAACCAAACUCCUCUCUGUGAGCUAUCCCUGUUGUCUUCUUACCAUGGUUUUAUGUACUUUCCUCUUUGCAAAAAUACUCCAGAUAAUUAAAGGAGGCUUGGAUUGCCAAGAAAAUGGAGGUGAGACACUGAGGGGCAAGUAGUGGUCCAGGAGGUAGAAUUUAGGGGCAAAGUCCACAUGAGCUUGGCAGGAUUGAGGUAGGGUGUGUGUAGGGAAUUGAAUAUGACAACACUGUAAAAUCAUCCUUUGAAGUAGAGAUUUUUCUUGCAGCAUGAAAUAGAAUCUAAGUAAAUCAAGGACUCAAUAAAUGUCUUGCAUAACACCCUCAACUCUGUUGUGCAUUUUGAAAUGGACCUGAAUAAAAUACGGUAGGCUUAGCUCUGAUUUUCUUGAAAUUAUUUGUAGAGAGUCAAAUUUUCAAUGGUGGCGCUUCUCAACCCAAGAUCAAAUUUCUGUCUUGCUAAUUUUUCUAGCCCACUGAAAUUCACAAUAUGUAAAAAAAAAACUAAACUGUUACUGCCCACUCUCCCUCUGCUCUACAUCCCCAUAAAUACAGGGCUUAAAGCCUUCUGAAAAUUAAAUCAUCGUAUUAUUGUUCACUCAACAAGAAUUUAUUAAGCAUGUCUACAUGCCAGGCACUCCGCUGGGUGCUGGAGAUACAAAGACAUAAAUGAAACAGCCCCUGCCCUUAAAGGACCUACAUUCUGCUACUGGAUGGAAUCAGUCAUAUUGGUUUGGAAGCUACUUGACCUUCUUAUAACACAAGACUGAGGACAACAAGGUAGAGGUAUAUGGGAGAUGCUGAUUACCCUAAAUUCAGUUCCCAGACAGGGUUGUGAAGAUUUUCUAUAAGAUAGAGGAUCUCUUCUGGUCUCAAUAUUGGGGUUGGCUUCAAAUUUCAUGUCAUGGCAGCUGGCCCACUUACUAACUAGGCUAGUUUGAUAGAUAUUCACCAUCAUUUGUGCAACUCAUUAAAAAAAUCCCUAGCCUGUCCUUUCUCCCAGGCUAAAUAGCCUGGUUUUCCCAGAGAAUAAGGAAAAAUAUCACUAAAGAUCAAAAUUAAAGUUCAGUCCUAACUCUUUUCGACCCCAUUUGGGGUUUUCUUGGCAAAGAUACUGGAGUGGUUUGCCAUUUCCUUCUUCAGUUCAUUUUACAA